AUGACAAUCCCACGAGUGUCAGAAGGCGGUAGGAAAGUUGAGUCGAAGCCGAGCAAGGAGGCGGGUGCCAAUAUGACCAUUUCACUCGCGCGAGAAUUUCGAAGAGCGCCCGAAAUCCGCGUUGCCUCGGCCAGCAUCAUCACGCUUUGGGCGCACAGACCGAUGGCUGUGCGGGUCGAGUUGAAUCGGCUCGCCGCCUGGUCGAGUGCCCAUCCGCACGGCCAACUCCACACGCUCUCCAACUUCUCGACUUCGAGCAUAGACACCAUUCCGCUUUCUCCACCGUCAUCACUCUGCACCUCUGCUGCUGCAUUCGACGUCUCGCUCUCGACAGGCGCUCACAACCACAUCACCGUACGCAAGCCAGCAGCCUCGCACCCCAACAUAGCGGCGCCGAUCGAUCGAGCCUACCGCCUCCACUUAAAUCUUCGCACCCAAAAGUUCGAGAGGCCGGCAUCGGUAGACCAGACAUUCACUGAUUUCGAUGGCGUUGCGUACCACCUCGAGUCGCCGAGUAAGGCGGGCCCGUUGACGCUGUCCAUGGACAUCCGCUGCUGGUCGGAGCUGGUGCAGGCGGGAGCGAUGGAUGUGCUCAAGCGCGAGUACGGCUCGUGGCUGCGCAGCUCGGUGGAGCCCGAGUACAGCGUGACGCUCGAGUUCGACUUUGCCAAGGUGCCUGCGCCAGGGCCGGAGCGCGAUGCGCUGAUCGAGAGCGUGUCGUUGCUCAAGCGCAAUGCCAUGGCGGCACCGUUCGAGCGCGCGUUUGCGCUGCAGAAGCAGCUCGAGCAGGCGUCGGAAGGCGGUCAGCCGGCCGCGCCCGGCGAGAUCAUGCCGAUCAACUACCGCGAUGACGAGGCGAUCUAUGUGAUUCCGUCGGCGGAUCGUGUGACGGUGGUGUUCAGCACGACGUUCAAGGAGGAGACGGACAAGGUGCUGGGCAAGGUGUUCCUGCAGGAGUUUGUGGAUGCGCGACGCCAGCCGUCGAUCCAGAAUGCGCCGCAGGUGCUCUACUCGAAUCGCGAGCCACCGCUCGAGGUGCGCAACGUCGCCGGCCUCAACCGCGGCGACGACGUCGGCUACGUCACCUUUGUGCUCUUCCCGCGACACUUUGCCAACGCCGAGGUGAUGGCGGGUACGAUCUCGCGCAUCCAGCUGUUCCGCGACUAUCUGCACUACCACAUCAAGUGCUCCAAGGCGUACAUGCACAGCCGCAUGCGCCACCGCGUCGCCGAGUUCCUCAAGGUGCUCAACCGCGCCAAGCCCGAGCUCGCCGAAAAGGAACGCAAGACCGCCAGCGGCAGGACGUUCCGUCGUGCAUGA